AUGCGCAGAGUCCGGAGCUGCGCCGACGUGGACGCUGUGGCGGCGAGAGACCGCGUCCGCUCCCUGCGCUUGCGGGGGUGUGGCAUCUUGGGAGUUGUAGUCCGCGGCGGUGCACAGCGCGCACGCGCAGUUUGGCUAGCCGCCAUCACGCCACCGGGGCUCGGGGCUGCUGGGACCCGCCUGGGUACUGCGCAGCAGGUCCUUGGUCUUGGCCUUGGCACGCCGGAACCCCCUGCGCAUCCUGUCAUCCUUGGUGUCUCUCCCUUGGAGCUACCUUGUCCCCGGCUGGACACACUUGCAUUUCGGUGCAGGUUUGGAAAGAUGCUGCCUUUGGAGAAGGCAUUUUCCUCCCCCAGGAGCUCCCCGACUCCCCCAGAACUGCCCACUGCAGAGUCAGCAGCUGAGGUCCAGCAGGAGGAACCCAAGUCUGAGAUUGUCACCGACAGGACUCCUGCCGACCUCGAGUUCUCCCGCCUGCGCUUCCGGGAAUUUGUGUACCAGGAAGCUGCUGGGCCCCACCAGACCCUGGCCCGGCUCCACGAGCUGUGCCGCCAGUGGCUGAUGCCCGAGGCGCGCUCCAAGGAGCAGAUGCUGGAGCUGCUGGUGCUGGAGCAGUUCCUGGGCAUCUUGCCCGACAGGGUCCGGCCCUGGGUGGUGGCGCAGUAUCCCGAGAGCUGCAAGAAGGCGGCCUCCCUGGUGGAGGGCCUCGCUGACGUCCUGGAUGAGCCAGGGAUGCUGCUGGGCUCCCCCGCCGGGUCGUCCUCGGUGCUGAGCGAGGGUGUGUACGAGAGGUUCCCUGAGCCGCUGCUGUUUCCAGUUGGACCGUUGAGUCCCAGCCAGGACCUGGGACGCGGGUACCCCCCGACUCCCUGGCCCUCCAUGGAACCCCUGCUUCCAGAGCUGGGGAGCAUGGGAGAAGCGAAGACGGAAGAGGCCGACCCUGCCACAGCUGAGCCGAAGAAGCCAGAGUCCUUUUGGGAGGAGCCUCUGCACCAGGAGGAGUGGGGCCACCUGGACCCCGCUGAGGAGAACAUGAAGAGCUACAGGAAGCUGCUGCUGUGGGGGUAUCAGUUUUCCCAGCCUGAUGCUGCCUCCAGCCUGGAGACAGAGGAGGACCUUCGGUUGGUGGAAAAAGAGUCGGCAGAAGGCGACCUCCCAGACAGCGGGAAGCAGCAGGAAGGCACAGAGAACAAGGUUGAGGACGUCUCCACAUGUGAGACGCCGAAGGAAAGGCUCGAGGGGGACUGUCCUGCUGACCCCUCGGGUACCACUGAGGAGGAGGAGGAGCAGCCCCAGAAGACUCCGGAUCCUCAGGAUGGGGAUUCGAACCCUGCCUCCGAAAAUCAGAUGCAGUUGGUCACCCAGGAGCCAGAGGAGGACAAGGACGAGGCCACGCCGGCCGCCCCCCAGCAGGGCCUUGGAACGAAGCGGCCCCACCCCGAAGAUGUGGAAGAGCAGGGCCCCGAGCCCGGCGAGGCAAGCGGGGAGCCCGAUGCUGCCGGGCAGGAUCCGGGCCCCUCAGCUGCAGGCUGCCCUGAGACCGAGGAGCCCGACGCAUCCCGGGGGAAGCCCUUCGCCUGCAGCGAGUGCGGGGAGGCCUUCGCCUGGAUCUCGCACCUCAUGGAGCAUCACGGCAGCCACGGGGGCAGGAAGCGCUUCGCGUGCCAGGGCUGCUGGAAAACCUUCCACUUCAGCCUGGCACUGGCCGAGCAUCAGAAGACCCACGAGAAGGAGAAAGGCUACGUGCUGGGGGCGGUCCUGGGCUCCCACCCUGCCACCCGCGAGGCCCACGCCAGUGGCAGUGCCGGCAGGGCCCCGGAGAGCGCGGAGGGCGAGGUUUGCCCUGGGCCGCCGGAGGAGGCGGAGGCGCAGAGGUGAGGCUCCGCGCCGUGAGGGCUCUGGGGUGGGCAGCCAGCUGGCGAGGAGUGGUGGCUCCCCGUGGCGCCUGCUUGUUCCUCAGUGAGCUCUUGUGGCUGAGGCACUCAGAACUGGGAAGGGCCACGGGAGCCCUCACCUCCUUGUAAACACACCCUGGGCAGAUGCUCGCAUCCAGGUGUGAAAGAAGACUGUCCUUUCCUCUGCGGCCGUCUCCGCGCCACCCCCACGCUAGAGCAUUUGAAGUUGUGCACAGUGUAGGGUUGCCUCAAAGUGUGUGAUCUGCCAGUGCUUUCUUGAAGUCACCCUUGCUGCGAUGCCUCCUGUGUGAGCUCCCCGAGGGCUGUUCGCGUGGAAAUCCCGCCAGCUGUUUUAGCCUUCUCGUAACUGCGUGAUGUCAAGUUCACUUCUGAAUCCGCAAAAGCAGAAACUGUUUCCUAGUUUAACUUGCGUUUUUACCUGUGUGGAGUAGCUUACAAAGAUCACAGAAAUGCUUGCAGCCUAAUAAUGCAGGGCUUUCAGGCCAUGGGUCCCAGCCCAUUAUUGAAUUGUGAAGUGAAAUUAGUGGGUGGCCACCAGCAUUACAAAGCAAUGAAGUAGAAUAAGAUAGGUUUAAAGGCAUCAUGUAGUAAAGGCGAAUAUUAUUUUGUGAAACUUUUCAGCCAUCCAUCUAAAUGUGAGAACUGGCUGCAAUGUAAAAUGUAUUUCUUACUAGGGGGCUGUGAUCAAAAUAGGUUGAAAACACUAAUAAAGGUCUGUCUGCCUGAGCAAAGGGAAGAAACUAAACUCUUUGGGCUACAUAAGGUGAUCUUUUGAUUUCUUGCAUUUAUUCUCAGAUUACAGCAUUGUUCCCGUUACCUGAGCAUAAAUUUAAUUGCUUCUCGUAGAUACAGAAACUGGUGUCUCUUUCUGUCACUGUGUUUGAGCAGGCAAUCUGUUGUAAA